CAGUACAGGAGGAGUGGGAAGAAGAACAUGGGUAUAAACUGUGCCAGUCAGUAUUAAGAGAAAGAAGAUCAGGGGAGAAUAUUGGGAAGAACUGAGGUACACACAGCACAAGGGGCAGUUCUGUAGGAUGAGGAUAUGGGGAGCAGUAUCAAGGCUGUACAGUAGAAAGAGAAAUUUGGAAUAGGGGGGUGUGCUGAGGCUACAGUGUAGUAAGGGGGGACUAGAUUACAGUGGAUAGGAAAACAAAGAGAGGCACAAAUUGGGGCAGUGAUUUAUACUGGGGCAAUACAUCAGAUAGAUGCAGGGAGGUAUUUUGGGGUAGUACAAAACAGGUGGGAUGUAGAUUGUGACUGGACAAUGGGAGGGACAGAAGUGCAUCUGGGGAGCAGAGUAAGGAGAGGGGGCACAGGUACAGCACUUUAGAGUAAGGAGAGGGGACACAGGUACAGCACUUUAGAGUAAGGAGAGGGGACACAGGUACAGCACUUUAGAGUAAGGAGAGGGGACAUUACUUGUAGGUGGGGCACGUGGGCCAGAGGGCGGAGAUAGGGGCAGUAAGAGUGGGAGGGGCGGGGGAGUAUGAUACAAUGGGGAAGGGACAAACAGCAGUUAGAGCUGGGGCAGGACACUACUAGGGGAGGUACGAGUCAGACAAUACAGUAUUACUGAGUUAAUAUCGAGGAGGAGGAGGAACUUGUGGGGCAGAAAAUUGAAAAUGAACAUAAAAAUGGGCGGGACGAGUCUCUAUAAGGCAGGACAGGGGCCAGUACUUCACUCAUUAGGGCAGUACAGUAGGGGGAGGGGCAGUACGGUAGGGGGAGGGACUCGGAGGGCAGAGGCCGUUCCAUUGACGGGAGAGGGGUGUAGAAGCCACAAGGAGCCGGAGUGCAGGGGCGGCCCGGGGAGGAGCCAUGAGUUCUGGCAGCAUUUGGAUGACUUGUUUCCUUUGCUCAUAUUAGAUGGUCGCAGACAUAACGGGUCCUGCUCCGAGACCCCAUCUUUACGGCCGGCCCGGGUGCCUCACCUCCCGCUCCAGAUUCCCCGUCCCGGCUCGGAGCUGAUCAUGGCGCUGCCGGCCCGAGCCCUCUAUGACUUUCGAGCGGAGAACCCGGGGGAGGUGUCGCUGCGGGAGUCCGAGGUGCUGAGUCUGUGCAGCGAGCAGGACAUAGACGGCUGGCUGGAAGGGGUGAACAGCCGGGGGGAGCGCGGACUCUUUCCUGCCUCUUACGUGGAAGUUCUCUGUGGGGAACCCUCCGGCCCGCCGCCGCCUCCCCCUCCGGCGCUGGGAGAUUCUCGUUACGCCAAUUUGCCCACGGGAGGCUACGAACCGGCCCAGCCCUUCCAGAGCGUCGCUGCCCCGCACUUGGGCCUCGCCUUCCAGCCCCGGGCGCCCUCCCUCGGUUACCAGACCAGCCAACCCAGCGACGAUGACUGGGACGACGAAUGGGACGACAGUAGCUCCACUGCGGCCGAUGAACCGGCGGGUCAGCCCGCUGGCAGUUAUUCCGCCGGUUACCAUGACUACGAGAACUCCGGCAGCAGCAGAUUCCGCUUAUCCACCCGCUCCGACCUGCCGCCCGGCCCUUACUCCACCUCCGCCUCCAUCGCCUCCUCACAAGCCGCGGGCAAAGGCUCCGCUACGGUCGGCCGCAACCUCAACCGCUUCUCGGCCUUCGUGAAGAGCGGCGGGGAGGCUUUCGUGCUGGGGGAGGCGGCGGGGUUCGUGCGUGACGGGGACAAACUGUGUCUGGUGCAGGGGCCCGACGGGCCGGAGUGGCAGGAGAAUCCCUACCCGUUCCGCUGUAACAUAGACGAGCCCACCAAGCAGACCAAGUUCAAGGGGAUGAAGAGUUACAUCUCGUACCGACUCCUCCCCAGUCACACGGGCCUGCAGGUUCACCGCCGCUACAAACACUUCGACUGGCUCUACGCGCGCCUCCUCUACAAGUUCCCCGUUAUCUCGGUGCCGCGCAUCCCGGAGAAACAGGCCACGGGGAGGUUCGAGGAGGAUUUUAUCUCCAAGCGCAGGAAGGGGCUGGUGUGGUGGAUGGAUCACAUGUGCAGUCACCCGGUGCUGGCGCGAUGCGACGCCUUCCAGCACUUCCUCACCUGCACCGACGACAAGGCCUGGAAACAGGGGAAGAGAAAGUGCGAGCGGGACGACAUGGUGGGGGCCAACUUCUUCCUCACCCUCAGCCUCUCCCCGGGCUCCCCUGUCCUCGACCCGCACGAUGUGGACGGCCGGCUGGACGGAUUCAAAGCGUUCACUAAGCGCAUGGAUGAGGGGGUCCUGCUGCUCAGUCAGACCGCGGGCGAGUUCGCGCGCAAACAGGCGUCCGGCUUCAAGAAGGAGUAUCAGAAGGUGGGACUGGCUGUGAAGGGACUGGGACAGGCCUUUGAGAUCGAUCAGAUGGCUUUCUCCGCCGGAUUCAACCGGGCAAUGGCUUUUACCGGGGAAGCCUAUGAGGCUAUUGGGGAGAUGUUCGCCGAGCAGCCCCGGCAGGACUUGGACCCCAUCAUGGACUUGUUGUCUGUAUAUCAGGGACACCUCGCCAACUUCCCCGACAUCAUCCACAUGCAGAGAGAUUGAAAUUGGCAAAUUCAUACACAUAAAUGUGCAAAAGUGGAGCCUGCAUAAGAAACAAGGUGAUUAGACUGCACAUAGAUCCAAUAGUUUGUGAAACAUUCAGUCCCCACACCAAGAAGUAUGAAGUCCACGUGUCGUUGCUGUGACCGUUUAAUUGGCGCCUCACUGCUGAUGGCUCAAAUAAGACAAAUUCGAAGGUUACAUUAGGAAGUCAUGAGUCGCUUCCAUGAACACAUAUGAAAUUUGCUUUUCAAAGAACAUUUUCUUCCCUCAAGUAACUGCUAAUAAAACAAAGAAUUCUUUAAAUUCUAUGAA